AUGUAUGUUGCAAAUUCGACAGGCGGCUUAAUGCUGCAAACUAUGCUGUAUUUGGCAAAUCAGACCAGUCGAGCUGCUGUAAACACUCUAGUCGAUCUACCGCCGGCCCCAAAAAGUGACAUCAAUGAAGUGAAAUGUUACGGAGUUUAUGGUUGCUUUCCAUUAAAUGGACCCUGGACUACAAAUACUCGACAAAUCAAUGUACACCCACAAAAGCCUUCACAAAUCGAACCACACUAUACAGUUUAUACGAAAAGAUCUAUGGAAAAUCCGAAGUAUAUUGAUUUGAAUGAUCCAGAAGCGGUACUGCAUAUGGGCAUAAACCCAAAAGGGAAGAUAUAUUUUCUGUCGCAUGGUUAUUUAGAAAUGGGACAAAUGCAAUGGUUGUUAGACAUGGGAAAAGCUUUACUUACAAAAGAAAAAGAGGGCAAUGCUGCAGUAGUUUUGAUCGAUUGGGGUGGUGGUUCAAGUCCACCAUAUGUGCAAGCAGUUGCUAAUAUACGUUUAGUGGGUGCUAUAACGGCGCAUGUAAUACAUAUGAUAUAUGAGGAACUUCGUUUAAGCAACAUUAACAAUGUACACUUUAUUGGUCACUCAUUAGGCGCACACUUAGCAGGUUAUGCUGGUUAUACCUUGCAUCGUGAUUUCGGUCUUAAGCUUGGUCGUAUUACAGGACUGGAUCCAGCUGCUCCAUUGUUUACCGAUACUGAUCCCAUUGUACGAUUGGAUCGUUCUGAUGCUCAUUACGUUGAUAUCAUACACACUGAUGCAAAUCCCUUGAUGAAAGGUGGUUUGGGCAUACAUGAACGUAUUGGUCAUGUAGAUUUUUAUCCAAAUGAUGGUUUCGAUAAUCCAGGCUGUGAUAUUAGAUUACAGGAUUAUAUGAAGAAUCGUCGCAGUACACUUAUGGAGAGUAUGCAAGAGUUUUUGGGUUGCAAUCAUAUACGCAGUUAUCAAUAUUUUACUGAAAGCAUUCUCACGAAGUGUCCAUUUAUGGGCGUCACCUGUGAAUCAUUUGAGGCUUUUAAAGAGGGUAAAUGUUCCUCUUGUGAUGCUACAGAUCAUGUUUGCAUGCGUAUGGGAUACCAUAGUUUUGAUGAUUACAAACAUCACUUGAUUAGGGGAGCUAGUUUUGUGAAGUCCAAUAAGCCACCAGUUUUAUACUUGAUGACUGGAGAUAGUAAACCAUUUUGUCGCGCUCACUACAAAGUCACCGUACGUGUCUCUGGCAGCGAUGUGUCUUUGAACCAUGGCGGCGAAAUCGGUACAUUAUUUUUACGUUUGCACAGCAACAGCAGUAAACGUACAACAGAGCGAAUUAAAUUCACCCACAAGCCAAUGUACUACGAGCCAGGAUUCGAGUAUAGUGCUUUGGUGCCAGGUAAAGAUUUGCGUGAUCCUGCAUUUGCUACCGUAUUUUUGGAAUAUCAAACAAAUAUCUUAAAUCCUUUAACAUGGCGUAUACUCGCCUCACCACGCAUCUACCUGGACUACAUUAUCGUAGAAUCAUUGGAAUUCAAAAAUAUUUAUUUGAAAUUGUGUCCAUUGGAUGGCAGCGCAGUUCUUUCUGGCGAAAAUGUAUUUCACGCAAAAUAUUGUAAAUGAUAGCAUAUUUUAAGGCGUUAUGUGUACAGCGGCGGUGAUCGGAACUGUUCAUGAGUGCAGUUUAUAAUGGGAACAGCUACAAUGAAAAACGGCUUGAUGUGAACUGCCUUAAAUGAAAAUAUGGUUUUUAUCUGCGAUAUCUUAUUAGAAAAGUAUUCAUUCAUUCAUUCCCCUAUAUUAUUUAAAGCUAGUAAUAGAAUAUCUGACAAAACCAUUAGCAAUGCAAUUUUCUUUUUAAAAUUUUUUGUUCAUAUAUAUAUAUUGGGUUAUAUAAUAUUUA